AUGUCCUCGUUACAAGAUGAAGUGUCAACAGAGACCUCGGAAGACUUCGGUUUCAAAUUUCUAGGCCAAAAACAAAUUCUACCUCCCUUUAACGAAAAACCACCGUUUGCAUCUUUACAAAACCUCGCUAUUUCCAACAGCAAAUCAUUAUUUAUUGCUGCUUCCGGAAACAAAGUGGUGAUUGGGGAGCUGCAAAUGCUAAAAGACCGCAUCACAUCCGAUUCUAACCCUAUUCCAUUGGUGUUCAAAUGGGAAAAUGAAGUCGUGGAUGUAAUAUUUGUAUGUUUCAAUGGCGGCCAGGGUUUAAUAGCAACCAGAGAUACAUUAUAUUCGAUAAACUUGGAAAAAUUGGGAGAACUGCAAACAGUUUUCUCUUUUGAGACACCAAUUUGCCAACUAAAGGAUUUCGAUAACACCCUGAUAUAUCUAAGUACAAACAACAAUUUAUCAACGCUGGAUCUAAAAACAAAAUCAACAAACCAAUUAGCCCAAAAUGUUGCUUCUUUUGACCUUGCAAACUCACAAUUGCUAGUUCUACUAAAGGAUAGAAGUUUCCGAAACUUUUCGCUGCAAAAAGGUACGCCGGAGAAAACAUUCGAGUUUUCAAUACCGUCGGAAUUGGACGAGUUCUCUGUCGAUGAAUACGCUCCUUUAAAUGUUACUAUACUCUCCAAACAGAUAUACCUUGUCGUGUUCGGUAAUCCCGUUUCAGAGACCGAUGAGGAAGCAUCGUACGAUCAAAAGAUGUUCAUUAUCAAGUAUACCGAUGGAAACGCUUCGUUUCAAGAAACUUUUGAUAUUAUACCACCGUUUGGUCAGAUUUUAAGACUUCCAUAUGUUUACAAUGUCACCUUGCCAGAUUUAAUCAAACCAGCUGAAAACGUGAAUAUACUAGCAUCAUCAUGUUCAAGUGAAGUAAGUAUAUGGGAUUCAAAUGAUGUUAUCGAACCCUCUCAGGACGCUGAACGAGCUGUACUUCCGAUCAGUGAGGAAACAGAUAUGGACACAAAUCCAAUUGGUGUGGCUGUUGAUAUAACCUCCUCGGGUACCAUUUCAGAACCUUGUCCCGGUGUUGAUACCAUAGAGAGGUUACCACUUGUUUACAUCUUAAAUAACGAAGGUAACUUACAGAUCGUAGGAUUAUUCCAUGUUGCCUCAAUCAAGAAUGGUAACUAUAACAUAAAAUUGGAAUCUGAAGGAAGUGAGAUGCCAGCCUCAGGCUCUAACCUUCCAUUUACGGCACCUUUGACCUUAGAAAGAAAUAAUACGGUAGAACAAGAACAAGAAAAAGAACAAGAAAAAGAACAAAGUACAUCCUCUCCAUCUGAUAAUCCGUUCAUAUCACCAAAUACCUCAGGCUUUAGCUUCCUCAAAAAGGAGCAACCCAGCACUUCCAACAGCUUGCAAUCGCAAAAUGCAUCAGCCUUCAGCGCCUCCUCGUUUGGAUCAUCGGGAUUUUCCUUCAGUUCAUUAUCAAACCCAUCUGUUGAUUCUGGUACUGCAUCUAAUGAACAAAGUGCCACCGGCACUGCUUUCGGGAAGCCGGCGUUUGGUAAGCCUGCUUUCGGAACUUUCACUAAAGAACCAUCCAUUCCUGCAUCUGCCUUUGGUAAGCCUUCUUUUGGUUCAGCCGCAUUUGGUUCUGAAGUUACGGCUGCCGAACCUUCAGCUUCUGCACCUGCCUUCGGUAAACCUUCUUUUGGUAAACCUGCAUUUGGGGCUGUAGCUUCAGAGUCGUCUACUUCUGAAUCUGCUUUUGGCAAAUCUUCUUUCGGUACACCUGCAUUUGGAACUACCGCCAAUGAGCCAUCAACAUCUGUAUCUACGUUUGGAAAGCCUACCUUCAGUUCAUCACCCUUUGCAUCUAUUACUAAAGAAUCUUUUGACUCAGGUUCUGCCGCCGCAAAACCUGCAGUUAGUGCAUUGAGUGCGUUUUCUUCUAAGAAGAAUACAGAACCCUCUUCCACACUAUUUGGUGUUGAUCUUAACACGUCUAAGCAAACAAAUACCAAUGCCUUCAGUUUUGGAAACUCUACCCUUGGGUCUUCUGGUUUUUCAAACGCUUUGAAUUCAGUGGACACUGGUACCAAUACCAUAAGCUUUGGAACCCCGGCUUUCGGGUCCUCUGGCGUCUCAAAUUUUUCGAACACUGAUACCCAUAUCAAUUUUGGUACUCAGUCUUCGCCAUUUUCUUCUCAACUGGGCAAGACUUCACCAUUCAGUUCCCUCGCAAAAAACAGUACUGAAGUCGAAACAAUAGAAAAGGGCUCCGCUAGCGAAGUUGAUGACAAAAACGAUAAUGAGUACGAUGAUGAGCAUGAUAAUGAAGACGAUGAUUCAAGCAUAAGCGAUAAUGACCUAACGGACACUACUGUAGAACAAACGCCUAGUAGAUUAGCUGAACUAACCUCGAAUACCAAUAAUGGAGUUGUGGAAGAUGAUAGACCCGAAUCCUCCAUUGGUAGACUCACUGAAACAAUAAAAAAGAGUGCUAAUAUCAAUAUAAACGAUUUGGAGAACCCUGUUUUUGAGAAUAAUGUAAAAGCAAAAUCCGAAUCACCUUUCUCAGCUUUCGCGACUAAUAUCAAAAAACCCAGCUCCACCACUCCCGCUUUUUCCUUCGGGAACUCCACUCUAAACAACAAUAGCAUGUUUAUGGCACCAAGUGCUUCUAAAGAGGUACCUUCGUUAUCAAAAGAAGGAACUAAUCAUAGCGAAAGCUGUGAGAAAGAAGCGCUAACCUCGAAGGAUCAAAAUACAAGAGAAGAAAAUCCUUUUUUGCCUAAAGGAAAAGAGAGUAAUAAGGAAACUUCUGAAGAAGAGAGCAGCCAAGAAGAAAGCGACGCUAGUUCUGAAUCAAAUGGUGUGAAUUCCGAGAACACCCCGGAACAAGUCUUUAGCACUUAUAACCAACAGAAGGACGAGCGGAAGAAUGUAAUACCGCAAGAUGAGAACACUAUUGAAAAGCUUGAAACGGGAUCCAAAGAUAGCAACCAUGUUGCUAAAUAUGGUGUCAACCCCAAAUCAACAGAUGAAGCAUCAGAUACUGAUGAAAAUAUCGAUCAAGAAACACAAGAAGGAGAACAAGAGGACGGCAAUGGCUCAGAAGAGGAGUUUGAGCCAAAUAGGGCAGUAAAAGAAUUUCAAGACCACAAUUCUGAAGAAGAUGCUGUGAGCGAACAAGAUGCAUAUCAAAACAAUGAAACAGAAGAUUCUGGUGAGGAUAACCCAUCAACUAGUGAUCGGGAAGAAAGUAUUUCUGAAUCCUACGACAAGUUAGAAGAUAUAAAUACCGAUGAAUUCCCUCGUGGUGGAGAAGCUCCACCAGUAAAUGAUGAGGAACAUUCUGCUGAUUCUAGUGUACAAACUUCACUUGAAAAGAAUUACGUCGAGUCUGGUAUACAAACAGAUCUUUCUGAAAGUUCCCAGGAGAAUGAAGUUCAGACAGAUGUCGUACCUGUAAAGCACCAUUAUACCCAAACUGUCGAAAAGGAAGUAGUUGACAAUGAUAUUCAAACUGAACCUGUUGAGACAAGCAAUUUUUCGGUACAAGCGUUUGAAGGUGAUGAAAACUAUUUAGCCGAACAAUACAAACCAAAACCAUUGAUGGAAUACUACACUGGCGCGAAAGUAUCCAAUAUUCCCUUUCUUUCACAAAAUUCCACCUUGCGGUUGAUUGAAAGCACGUUUCAAAUGGUCGAGGCUGAAUUUUCUGUUCUUAAAGAAAAUAUCCAAAAUAUGGACAGUUUUUUUAUUGACCAAUCAAGCACCCAGCUUGAAACACGUACAAUACAUUCUGUCAAUAACAUGUACACCUGGAGAAUACCAGAGGCAGAACUUUUGUCGAACAUCCUUAACGAUGUUAAGUCAGAACAUAUGCAAGUAACGAGCGCUAACGUUAAGGAAUUGGAAGAAAAAGCGUCGAGUUACAUUGAAAAAGAUAUCGCAAGUGUAAAUGACGAUCUUAUGGAUGCAAAAGAGCAGUUCUUGUUUUUAUCUCAUUUCAAUGAGGCCUCGAGUGAAUUCGUUAAAGAUCUCAGUACGCACCAAUUUAAGAUGCAAACAGCACUACGUCAGAAGUUAUCCAAGGUUUCUGCCGAAAUCAAUCAUGUUGAAGAAAUGUUGAACAUUUUAAAAUUAUUUUCUGUAAAAAACAAGAGGUUGGAUGAAAAUCCAUUAGUGGCGAAGCUCGCUAAGGAAUCUUUCACACGUGGUGGAUUAUUGCAGGAAAUAAAGUCUUUGCGAGAUGAAGUAAGUAGGUUGCAAUUGAAGGAUGAAAGUAAAGAAACUACAUCAUUGGAGUCAUCUUCUUCUUUGACUAAAGACAUAAAUGGAUCCAAAGUCGUAGAAGUUGGGUUGACUUUGAAUACGAAGAAACAAAUUGGCGGCUUUUUAAAGAAUCUAAACCUGGGUAAAUAUUAG